AUUUCAUAUUUUGAAAUCAUUGUGCGAAAAAAAAUUAUUUUUUUGUGAAAUCAGCCAAAUUUUAGAGUGCUAAGAGCUGAAAAUGUGUUUAAAAAUGUCGAACGAUGGCCGUGCCUUGCAUUAGACGCAGAGUGAGGUAGAAAUUUCGUGAAGGAGUGGCAGAAAAAUCACAUCAAAGAUAGAUACUGUGUGGAGUUGGGCCUCUCAAGGCCUCCGAUUUGCAGCUAGUAAUAGAAUGGAUCCAUCGUUUCUGGAACGACCUCCAUCGCCCGCCCGCUUGAGUCACACGUCGGAGAAGCAUCCGCGUGUUACGCUGGCGGAGCUGAAUGUGUUGCGACGUCAUCGUGAGCUAUGCGACGUCGUCCUCAAUGUUGGUGGUCGCAAAAUUUUCGCACAUCGCGUAAUCCUAUCCGCCUGCAGCCCCUAUUUUCGGGCAAUGUUCACGGGCGAACUCGAGGAAUCGCGCCAAACGGAGGUCACAAUUCGCGACAUCGACGAAAAUGCGAUGGAAUUGCUCAUUGACUUUUGCUACACCUCGCAUAUCGUUGUCGAGGAAUCGAAUGUGCAGACAUUGUUGCCAGCUGCUUGCUUAUUGCAGUUGGCGGAAAUCCAGGAAAUUUGCUGUGAGUUCCUCAAACGACAACUAGAUCCCACAAAUUGUUUGGGCAUUCGAGCUUUCGCCGAUACGCAUUCGUGUCGCGAACUUUUGCGAAUUGCGGACAAAUUUACGCAGCAAAAUUUCCAAGAAGUCAUGGAAAGCGAGGAAUUCCUUUUGUUGCCCGUCAGUCAAUUGGUCGACAUCAUUUGCAGCGACGAGCUGAAUGUCCGUUCCGAGGAGCAAGUUUUCAACGCAGUCAUGGCUUGGCUCAAAUUCAACGUGUCCGAGAGACGACAAUACCUGGCGCAAGUGUUGCAACAUGUCCGUAUGCCGUUACUCAGCCCCAAGUUCCUUGUGGGAACUGUCGGAAGUGAUUUACUGGUGCGCUCUGACGAGGCUUGUCGUGAUCUCGUUGACGAGGCCAAAAAUUACUUGUUGCUGCCCCAAGAGCGUCCAUUGAUGCAGGGACCUCGUACACGUCCCCGCAAACCCACAAGACGUGGCGAAGUCUUAUUUGCUGUCGGGGGAUGGUGCAGCGGCGAUGCUAUCGCUUCCGUCGAAAGAUUCGAUCCACAAACAGCCGACUGGAAAAUGGUUGCUCCCAUGUCAAAACGUCGUUGUGGCGUCGGUGUCGCAGUUCUCAAUGAACUUUUGUACGCUGUUGGCGGUCACGAUGGCCAAAGUUACUUGAACAGCAUCGAACGUUACGAUCCACAAACGAAUCAGUGGUCCUGCGAUGUAGCACCCACAAGUAGUUGCCGCACUUCCGUCGGUGUCGCAGUUUUAGAUGGCUUCCUUUAUGCCGUAGGCGGACAAGACGGCGUUCAAUGUCUCAACCAUGUCGAACGAUACGAUCCGAAGGAGAACAAAUGGUCAAAAGUGGCGCCCAUGACAACUCGCCGUCUUGGAGUCGCAGUAGCUGUGCUCGGUGGCUUUUUGUACGCCAUUGGUGGUUCCGAUGGACAAAGCCCCCUCAAUACCGUCGAACGAUACGAUCCACGCCAAAACAAAUGGGUUGCCGUUUCACCCAUGAGCACGCGACGAAAACAUCUCGGAUGUGCGGUUUACAAUAAUUUCAUCUAUGCCGUGGGUGGGCGCGACGAUUGCAUGGAAUUGUCGUCCGCUGAACGUUACAAUCCGCACACAAAUUCCUGGAGUCCAAUUGUGGCGAUGACAAGUCGACGUUCGGGUGUUGGUCUCGCCGUCGUCAAUGGCCAGUUGUACGCUGUGGGUGGCUUCGAUGGCACUGCCUACUUGAAAACUAUCGAAGUCUACGACCCCGAAACUAAUCAAUGGCGCUUAUGUGGUUGCAUGAAUUAUCGUCGUUUGGGCGGAGGUGUCGGCGUUAUGCGAGCCCCACAAACGGAAAAUUACAUGUGGAUCCGCAAGGAUUCCGUAGUUUAAGGUUACAUAAGAAUCUUUCGGAUUUUUAUUAGAUUUUAACGAAAAAAAAAAUGAUAACUGAUACAUAUAUAAAGGAUUAUUAUUAUUAAUGCUGAAAAAAAAAGAGAUAAUAUUAUCGUUCGUUAAUAUUGAUGAAAAAAUAUUACAAAAAAAGUCUAGUUUAAAAACCCCUUUUUUAUUGAAUAAACGAGAGCAUUCCCCCCCAUGAAACAUCUUCCUUGUCCCCUUUUUGCAAUUUGUUCUCUCGAAUUUACGUUAAAAAGUGCUUUUGAAAUAAUUUACAAAACAUAAAUACAUGCAUAGCUAUUAUAUUUAUUUAUUAUUAUAAGAUUUGUGUAAAUUUAAAGUUAGAAUUUAAUGAAUAAAAUAAUCUGC